UUUUCUAAUAUCACUUGUUUCAGGGUUGAUCUCUCCAUUAUUUAAUGUUUAUUCUUUCUGUGCUGUUACAGAAAAAUGGAAAUUACCACUCCUCCGACAUCCAAGUGUAUCAUGUACUGGAAGAGGAAAGUCAAGUCUGAGUACAUGCGUCUGCGGCAGCUCAAGAGGUUCCAGGCAAACAUGGGAGCAAAGGCUCUCUUUGUGGCCAACUUUGCGAAGGUUCAUGAAAAGACUCAGAUCCUUAAUGAGGACUGGAAGAAACUUCGGGUGCAGCCAGUGCAGCUGAUGAAGCCAGUCAGUGGGCAUCCGUUCCUGAAACAGUGCACUGUUGAGAGCAUUUUCCCAGGAUUUCCAAGCCAGACAUUGUACAUGAGGACCCUGAACACAGUGGCACUGGUGCCCAUUAUGUACUCCUGGUCCCCUCUUCAGCAGAAUUUCAUGGUGGAGGAUGAAACAGUUCUGUGCAAUAUCCCGUACAUGGGCGAUGAGGUGAAGGAAGAAGAUGAAACUUUCAUUGAAGAACUUAUUAAUAACUAUGAUGGCAAAGUUCAUGGAGAGGAAGAAAUGAUCUCAGGGUCAGUCCUCAUCAGUGAUGCUGUGUUCCUGGAGCUGGUGAAUGCUCUGAAUCAGUACUCGGACGAGGAAGAGGAAGGACACAACGAUUCUGAGGUGAAGCAGGAGGAUGGAAAAGAGGAGCUGCCAGUGACAAGGAAAAGAAAGCGAAUUGCAGUGGAAGGUAACAAGAAGUGUUCCAAGAAGAGGUUCCCCAAUGACAUGAUAUUCACUGCUAUUUCUUCCAUGUUUCCUGAGUAUGGCUUCCCAGAGGAUAUGAAAGAAAGGUACCGGGAGCUCACAGAAGUGUCCGACCCCAACGUGCUGCCCCCACAGUGCACCCCCAACAUCGACGGGCCGUGCGCCAAGUCGGUGCAGCGGGAGCAGUCCCUGCACUCCUUCCACACCCUCUUCUGCCGCCGCUGCUUCAAGUACGACUGCUUUCUGCAUCGUAAGUGCCGCCUCAGCCGGACGCUUCCCUAGAGCCCUUUCUCCUCAGUUUUCCUCUGCACGCCUUGCUUAGUCCGUGCUGGAGUCUCUGGAGGGUGGUGCCUCGUGAGUGUGCAGUGGGGCCUUGGGAGCUGACAGAAGCCUUUGGCACGGACGGCUCCGCUCUGGGCUCCCACGGACGGCAGACC